CGGGUCCUGGCGCUCUGCUUUGGCCCCGGGCGAGUCCUGUGGGCAGGGGACGAUCAGGGGUCCGUGUCCUCCUUCCUCUGCGACCCUGCUACUGGCCGGCUGACCAAGGCCUCCCGGGUGCUGGUCCAGGCGGGCGGGUCCAUCACGUCGCUCUCGGCCCGGGCCUGGGCGAGCCGGGAGGCUCCGGACCCCUCCCUGCUCGUCAACGCCUGCCCCGACCGCCUCCUGCUCUUCCGGGUGGUGGAAGACGAGGGGGGCUCGGGGGCUCCGGGGCUGCGGCUCCGCCGGAGUUUCCCGACGCGGCACCGGGAGCAGCCCCUGAGGAGCUGCUUCUGCCCCCUCAUGUCCUUCCGACAGGGGGCCUGCGUGGUGACGGGCAGUGAGGAUUCCUGCGUGCACUUCUUCGACGUGGGGCGCGCGGGGCGGGCGACGCUGAACACGCUGCAGGGGCACGGAGCGGCCGUGCUGGCCGUGGCCUUCAACUGCGACGAGUCCCUGCUGGCCUCGGGGGACGCUGCCGGCACUGUCAUCGUCUGGAGACGCCAGCACCCCUGAAACCACCCAAAACUGCCAAAAUACCCCAAAAAUACCCAAAAACCACCCCAAAAAUCAUAAAAACCCCCCAAACCCAGCCCUGGCCUUCAACUGCGACGAGUCCCUGCUGGCCUCGGGGGACGCUGCUGGCACUGUCAUCGUCUGGAGGCGCCAGCACCCCUGAGACCACCCAAAACUGCCCAAAAACCACCCCAAAAAUCAUAAAAUCCACCCCAAACCCAGCCCUGGCCUUCAACUGCGACGAGUCCCUGCUGGCCUCGGGGGAUGCUGCUGGCACUGUCAUCGUCUGGAGGCGCCAGCACCCCUGAAACCACCCAAAUAUACCCCAAAAACACCCAAAAACCACCCCAAACCCGGCCCUGGCCUUCAACUGCGACGAGUCCCUGCUGGCCUCGGGGGAUGCUGCUGGCACCGUCAUCGUCUGGAGGCGCCAGCACCCCUGAAACCACCCAAAU